CCUCCCAAUAUGGCGGCCGGGGAAGCACGAUGAAGGGCUGUCGGUCUGUUGUCAGAGCGCUCUGCCUCCUGAUAGCGCUGCUGUAUGGCCUGGGGGCAGAUCCCUCGCUCCAAUUGUUACCAGCACCAGAAAAUGUGACCAUUUACUCCUAUAAUCUACAGCAGGAUCUGAGAUGGGAACCGGUAAAGGAGUCAGACCCAAUUCACCCAGUAACUUACACUGUCCAAUAUGAGUUGACCUCAGAGAAGAAUAGCUAUCAUAACCUGUGUUUGAACAUCAUAGAGACGCACUGUAAUAUUAGCAAAUUUACAGAAAUAAAAAUCUAUUUUAAAAUCGUAUUGCGAGUUCGGGCUGAGCAAGGAAAUCUGACAUCUAAAUGGACUCUAACACCUACUUUCCAGGCUACAAGAAACACCACAAUCGGGCCUGUGAAGUCCCUAUCAUUGUCUGCAUACCCAGAGGAACAUUAUUCACUUUAUGUCCGCUUUCAGAAUCCUUUGCUAGUCGAAAAUAAAUGGAAGAUGCUUUAUCAGUUGAAUUACUGGAAGAAAAUCACUGGUGUGAAGACAACUGUAAAUAUCACCCAAACAUCUGAGCGACUGAAAGAUCUGGACCCUUGGACGGAGUAUUGUGUUGAUGUGACUGUUUUUGCAGACCGUAAAGUGGGAGAAACCAGUGAAGCCAUUUGUGCAAUGCCAACUGCUUCAGCGUUGAGUACUGGGAACCUCAUAGCAUUAUUAUUGGCCCUUGGCUUUCUGGUUAUCGCUGCCUUUUUAUGUGCCUAUAUGAUGUUCAGAUAUCGCACCAUUGUCAAGAGCUUGUUUCAUGUGCCUUUCCACUUACCCUCACACAUACAAGAGUAUAUUCAAGAACAUUCUCAAUCUCACGUAGAAUACUCUACAUCUAGAUCAAGGCUGGACUUAUAUGAUAGCGUCUCCAUUGUGGAUAUUGAGUUGGUGCAGGAUCCCAAUGAGAGCGUCCCAGAAGACAGCAGCCAAUCUGAGAUAACCUGAGAAGGAAAUUGAGUUCAAACUUCAUGAUUAAUACAUGUUAAUCCUUUCUGGAUUUUGAUCCUGUAGUGUGACCUGUACACCUGAAACCACCUUUACAAGAUCCUAUAGCGGCAUGGAUGGGACCUUGCAGCUUCCAUAUUUCUCCACCAUACUACGGAGCUAAAAGCAACUUCAUUUUGCAGAAUUAUUGGGGGCUGUUCUU